UCUGAACCAAACCAAACCCCCAAACUGCCAAAACCCCUGGCCCGCGCCCUCCUCGACCUCAUUCCCUCUCUUACUUCACCGCGCGCUCCAACUCUCCCAGCGAUUGUUACCCUAGUGUCUUCGCUUUCCUUCCCGCUGUGUUUGCCUUAGUCCGCCAUUACUGUUUGUUUGCUCAUAGCCCUUUUGCCGCCAAUUUACCUGAAUAGGGUGUACCCAUUCGACUAGUCCUGCAAUAGGUUUUUCCACCUCACAAUGGGUACGGAGAGGAAGAGAAAGGUCAGCUUGUUUGAUGUGGUGGACGAAACAGCUGCUGCUAAGCUCACCAAGGCUAACGGUGGAGUGGCUACUGCGGGAGUCAACGGAAUCAGCUAUAGCGGCUCUGUAAAUCCGUGGAAUGGGAAGCCCUUUUCACAGAGGUACCAUGAUAUACUAGAGAAGAGGAAAACUCUGCCUGUUUGGCACCAAAAAGAGGAGUUCUUGGACGCGUUGAGGAAGAACCAAGUUCUUGUCCUUGUUGGUGAGACUGGAAGUGGCAAGACAACUCAGAUUCCUCAAUUUGUUCUGGAAGCUGUGGGGUUAGAAACUCCAGAUAAGAGGCGCAAAAUGAUGGUUGGGUGUACUCAGCCUCGUAGAGUGGCUGCAAUGUCUGUUUCUCAACGUGUUGCUGAAGAGAUGGACGUUGGUAUUGGCGAAGAAGUUGGUUAUAGUAUCCGGUUUGAGGACCGUAGCAGCGCAAGAACAGUGUUGAAGUAUUUAACUGAUGGUAUGCUUUUAAGAGAAGCAAUGACCGAUCCACUUUUGGAGCGCUACAAAGUAAUAAUCCUUGAUGAAGCUCAUGAAAGAACUUUGGCAACAGAUGUGCUUUUUGGGCUUCUCAAAGAAGUGUUGAAGAAUAGACCAGACUUGAAGCUAGUUGUGAUGAGUGCUACACUUGAAGCUGAGAAGUUUCAGGGCUAUUUCAAUGGUGCUCCUCUUAUGAAAGUUCCCGGUAGGCUUCAUCCUGUGGAAAUAUUCUACACUCAGGAGCCUGAAAGGGAUUACCUGGAGGCAGCAAUUCGUACUGUUGUUCAGAUACACAUGCAUGAAGGACGUGGUGACAUAUUAGUUUUCUUAACCGGUGAGGAGGAGAUCGAGGAUGCUUGCCGGAAAAUUUCAAAAGAGAUAGGUAAUUUGGGAGACCAAGUGGGACCUGUGAAAACGGUGCCCCUGUAUUCGACUCUUCCACCAGCCAUGCAACAGAAGAUAUUUGAGCCUGCUCCACCUCCUUCGAAAGAGGAUGGUCCUCCUGGUAGGAAAAUUGUUGUUUCAACAAAUAUUGCAGAAACUUCGCUCACCAUUGAUGGCAUUGUUUAUGUCAUUGAUCCUGGUUUUGCCAAGCAAAAAGUAUAUAAUCCACGUGUUCGUGUUGAGUCCUUGUUGGUGUCCCCGAUUUCAAAGGCGAGUGCACACCAGAGAGCUGGUCGUGCUGGUAGAACACAGCCAGGAAAAUGUUUUAGGCUCUAUACUGAGAGAAGUUUCAAUCAGGAUCUGCAGCCACAGACAUAUCCAGAGAUAUUGAGGUCGAAUCUUGCAAACACUGUUCUCACACUGAAGAAGCUAGGGAUUGAUGAUUUAGUGCAUUUUGAUUUUAUGGACCCACCUGCUCCAGAGACAUUGAUGCGAGCUUUGGAAGUGUUGAACUAUUUGGGAGCUUUGGAUGAUGAUGGCAACUUGACUAAGCUGGGGGAAAUCAUGAGUGAGUUCCCAUUAGAUCCUCAGCUGUCAAAGAUGCUAGUCAUCAGUUCCGAGUUCAAUUGUUCAAAUGAGAUCCUCUCGGUUUCAGCUAUGUUAUCAGUACCCAAUUGCUUUGUCCGACCUAGGGAGGCUCAAAAGGUAGCUGAUGAAGCAAAAGCUCAGUUCGGGCACAGUGAUGGCGAUCACCUCACACUGUUGAACGUGUACCAUGCAUUCAAGCAAAAUAAUGAAGAUCCGUCUUGGUGCUAUGACAACUUUAUCAAUUACAGGGCACUGAAGAAUGCUGAUAAUGUUAGAGAACAGCUUGCGCGUAUCAUGUUGAGAUUUAACCUGAAGAUGUGCAGCACAGACUUUGACAGCAGGGAUUAUUAUGUCAAUAUUAGGAAAGCCAUACUAGCAGGCUACUUUAUGCAGGUUGCUCAUCUGGAACGUACCGGACAAUACUUAACUGUCAAAGAUAACCAGGUUGUGAACUUACAUCCAUCUAAUUGUCUGGAUCGUAAGCCUGAGUGGGUUGUCUACAACGAGUAUGUCUUAACAAGUAGGAAUUACAUUCGGACGGUGAUAGAUAUCCGUGGUGAAUGGCUUGUGGACAUAGCACCACAUUAUUAUGAUCUUGAGAACUUCCCACAGUGCGAGGCGAAGAGGGUUCUGGAGAAGCUCUAUAGGAAGAGGGAUAGGGGAGAGGAAAGCAAGAGCAGCAGGAGAUAG